AUGGAGGAAUCCAGUGUGAUCGGUAAGAUUGAGGAAGUGUUUGAAAUAGAAGACCCAUCUAUUCUUCCUGAACGUGUGAGGAGCGUGAUUGAUGAAAUCCUUGAGGGCGGGGUGUUUCCGACUUCUCACCCAUUCUAUGUGGACUUUAUAAACCUUGCCUUUGAUGUCCUUUACCCGGACAUACAACAACCUGCAGAGUUACUAAGAAGGUCAGGGUUUACUAGAGACGAGCUUGAGAAGACAGGGCUCAAGAGACUAGCUGAUAUGGCAUGUUCUAUGAGUCCAAAAGAUGCUGAGAGCCGCUCGGAGCUAGAUGAGGAUUCAAAACCAAAGAGGAGAAAGAAGGUUUCAUGGGGGGCCAAUCUAAUCCAGGUCAAAGAGAUAGAAAGAACGGUGAUGGAUCCUGAAAUAGACUAUCUUAUCUCGGAUUCUGGAAAUAAUAAAGUGCCGGAGAAAACACCGGAUGCCUUUGAAUGGAUUAUCCCAGAAAAGCUUGACCAUGAGUAUAGUGUGACAAAGUCUCCUGGGAGCCUAGAGCAGGAAAGAAGGGAAUCUGUCUCAAUAAGAAUGUGCAAUACAGAGGAACACAGGAAGUUUUCUCCCACACAAUGUAUGAAUGUAGGGGAGGAUAAUGAAACAAUAACAGUCCCUGUUAUAAGCUUUGUGAAAAGCAGAGUGCCCGACUUCGACUUUAAGAAGAUAGUUGAGGAUAGGUUUAAUAACAUGAUGCCCAUCAACGAAAUUCUGGAGGACUCAAGUGUUGUAAAUGCACUUCUUGGCAAAAAGGAAUAG